CUGGUGAUGAUGAUGAUGACAAGUGAUAAGUCAGAGGAGGGGGGUGUCAACCUCACCCACCUAGUCUACCUCACCCAGGAUGGUACUCUGGCCAACACCUGUAUUGGCACUGGUACCUGCAUGUCAUAUGGUGACAUACAGGUGUGCAUAGAUGAUAUCGAUAACGACACCCAGAACAAGUGGUGGCGAUGUUGUCGUAGAAAAAUUAGAAUGAACAAAACCAGUAAUGUCAAAUUAUCCCAUGCCAAAGGAAUAUCAAAAAGAAUCUCGGAGAUAGCACGAUGGAGCAAGCUCUGGAAGUUAAUUCAAGAUGAUGAUGAUGGAUGCCGGGAAGUAGUUUUAGACCCUAUACAGGAGUUUGAUACAAACGAAUCAGACAGAAAGGUGAAAAAGUGCACAAUGGAACGUACCAUACUCAAGGUGCACCUCCCUAAUGGGGGCUUCAACAUGGUCAAAUAUGGGGAUGCCACUGAUGUCAAGGACAUAAUCAAGUUAGUGGUUGGAAGGUUGACGGCAGGAGAGAGGUACUUUGCCAACUGUUACGCCCUCAAGUUAGUGAAUAUCCCAUCCAAGGACAGUUAUUGGCUUCACAAUAACCUCUCCAUGUACCAGGUCCGACAAAAAUACGAGUCUGCACAUCCAUCUGACGAGUGGAGAUAUGAACUAAGGGUACGCUACCUUCCCAAGAGUUUCCAGGAGUUAUACACCAAGGAUAAAGUGACAUUCUACUAUUUAUAUGAUCAGGUACGAAAUGAUUACAUGAGGGACAUAGCAGAACACUUGGAGGCUGACAUUGCAAUAAGACUGGGCUGUAUAGAGAUGAGGAGAUUCUUUAAGGACAUGCCACAGGCUGCCCUGGAUAAGAAGUCCAAUUUCGAGUGUCUAGAAAAGGAAGUGGGCUUCAAAAGAUUCCUGCCCAAGUCUGUGACAGAAACAAUGAAGUCCAAGACCCUCCGAAAGUUGAUACAGUUCCAUUUCAAACAGUAUGCACAACUGACGGAGAAUGAAUGUGUUUAUAAAUUUUUUGAAACAUUGAAGACAGUGUAUAAGUUUGAGCAGGAACGGUUUAAUUGUGCUUUAGGGUCGGGCUGGAGUAUUUCCAUGGAGAUAGUCAUAGGACCAGAAGUAGGAAUAAGCUACCUCACGGAGAAGGCCUCAUCGCCAACACACAUGGCUGACUUUGCACAGGUCCAGUCUAUCCAGACCAAUGCUACACCUGACAACAAGGGUGUUUUGCAAAUCAAGAUUGCUGGGGCGACAGAGGCACUAACCAUUAUCUGUAGUACGCUUGACGAAGCGGAGGACAUGGCCAACUUGAUGGAUGGAUACUGUCGCCUGGUUCACAAUGUAACAACUUCCCUCUGGACCAAGAGAUCUCUCUCAGACUGGAAGUCGUCUGUUGAGGAGAAUCUGAAUAUUUUAGAUCUCAGAGGUGAAAAUAUUCCCAGAUUGCCUUCCCUUGGAUUAGAGAAGACGGGAACCCAUGGGAAAUCAUCUCACAAUAAUGGUUCUAAUGAACGGAUAUCAGACUAUGCAGAGAUAGUAGAGGAUGAAGGAGACUACAGUACCCCAGCAGGCCAGUAUGGCAGCCGACGGAAGAAGAAAAAGUCUCGAGACUAUGAGUUGCGGAGGGAUGCAAUUAAACUACAGGAGGUGCUAGGAGAAGGUCAAUUUGGAGAUGUCCAUAAGGGUGUCUACAUAGACAAGGAAGGACUGACUGUAGCAGUGGCUGUGAAAACGUGUAAGGAGGAUAAUGAAGAAUCCAUGACAGAGAAGUUUUUGGAGGAAGCAUUGAUCAUGCAGCAGUUUGACCACCCUCACAUUAUACACCUUAUUGGGAUCUGUUCGGAGACAAGGCCAGUCUGGAUCGUGAUGGAACUUGCCAAACAUGGGGAGAUGAGAGCCUAUUUACAGAAGAAUGCACACCUUCUAGACCUAUGUACCUUAAUUCUGUACACCUGUCAACUUUGUACAGCAUUGUCUUACUUAGAAAGUAAAAAAUUUGUCCACAGGGACAUAGCUGCUAGGAAUGUUUUAGUGUCUUCACAUGACUGUGUUAAACUUGCUGACUUUGGACUGUCACGGGUGGUAGAGGAACAAAGUUACUAUAAAGCCUCCAAAGGAAAGCUGCCCAUAAAAUGGAUGGCACCAGAAUCUAUCAAUUUUAGACGCUUUACUACAGCUAGUGAUGUGUGGAUGUUUGGUGUGUGUAUUUGGGAAAUCCUAAUGUAUGGAGUCAAACCAUUCCAACAUGUAAAGAAUAACGAUGUGAUAGGAAAGAUAGAGAAUGGAGAACGACUUCCCCUUCCACCUGGCUGUCCACCCUCAAUGUACAAUCUCAUGUGUGUUUGCUGGUCCUAUGAACCCUCAAAGAGGCCUUCAUUUGCUGAACUGAAAAUUCUUCUUUGUGAGAUCUUGGAGGAGGAGAGAUGUCGACAGGAAGAUGAGAUGCGGCGAGAUAAUCGAAGGAUACAGGAAAUCUCAUGGAGGUCGAGUGGAUCAGACAUUGAGGAGCCUCCCCCCAAACCUGCUCGUCCCCAGUAUCCUGCUAUGUCUCCCUCUGGCUCUACGCCUAACUUAGCCAUCAACAGCAGUGUGUCCAGUCUACCACACCAGUGGAACAGCACUACCAACCUUCCUGUAGGCCACAGUACGCCUCUGCAGGGCCUCAGUCCUCAGACCCACCCUCCACCAGCCUCUGAACCCACCACGCUGCGUAACUCUCAGCUGCCCGCGGAAAUAAAUUUGCAGCACUACUUUCCCUCUUCCUCAGGCUAUACCUCUGUGCCUUCCUCCACCAACCAUCAUCAGGGUAUGAGUACUAUGGACUCUGCCAUGCCAAUCCAUGCCAUCCCUGACCCAGGGGCUGCCAGUCUUCCUACUCGCCGAGGUGGGGCUUCCUCAAAGCCUUUUGGGUAUCAUGUGCCACGUAAUCACCAUGAGCUGUCGGACAUUCUCGGUAACCAGUUCCAGAAGCCAUCUCCAAGAAACUCAGCUGUGAUAGACCACCAUAUUCCAAUGGACCCCAGGCUUUCACCUGAGGACUUUGACUUCCACACCACAGAGGGGGUACCACGGGCACACAUUAACCAUAAUGAGGAUGUGGACCCGAAAAUACUGGAGGAACGUCUGCUGCAACAACAGCGACAGCUACAGGAAGAUGCUAAGUGGCUAGAAGCCUCCGAAACUAAACUGGGCAGGGAUAAGUGGCAAACACAGAAUUUGAAGGCUGAUGUUGGUAGUAAGGAGAAUUCUCCUCCACAGCCUCCUCCUUCCCAGCCAGCCAUGGAGGUACAGACUCGCCCGACCAUCACUUUCUCUCGUACCUCCAGUAACAGCCAUGCCUCUAGUGGCAGUAGAAGCAGUGUGAACAGUGAUCCCGAGUUGCCAUCUCCAACUAGCAAGGUUGAGGCUGCCACUACACAAGGACUUGACAGGAAUGAUGACCAUGUUUAUGAAAAUACAACGAAUGUAGUGCGAUCUGUGAUGUCAUUGACGAGAGUAGCCCCAUCUGUCAAGCCUGACGAGUAUGUCGACUUAGUCAAGGACACUGGCCUACAGCUACGAGGACUUCUUAGCAGUGCUGAUGACUUCACUGCGACCGUUCCCCAGGGACUUGAUACUGAGAUUCAAAUGGCACAGAAGGUUUUAUCAACAGAUAUGGCGUCACUGAUCAGCUCUAUGAAACUUGCUCAACAGUAUAGAUCAACAGCAUUAGAACAUGAAUACAGAAAAGGGAUGCUUAAAGCAGCUCACGUUUUAGCAAUGGACUCAAAAAACCUUCUGGAUGUUGUGGACAGAACUCGGUUGAAAAUGCUUGCCAAGAGCUGAUCCCUUGUGAGGCAGCGUUUGCCCAUUUGCCUACACUCCAUUGUUUUGUUGCUGUUGUGAUGGAGUGAAGGUAUCUCUGGAUAGCGCUCGCCCUGUAAUGUCAUUUGAGAAAAAGUAACUGUAAGAUUUUGUGCAAUAUUAUGACUAGACAUACAAGUUGGAUCGUAUACUUUUGUCACAUGACUUUGUAUACUUGUCAGAGAAAUCUUCAUCAGAUGGACUAAAGGUGAAAAAAUACCUUGGCUAUGCAGGUUUCAUUAAGUGAAAGCUGUAUGAUGGCUUCAGGUCCUAAAAGAUGAAACCCCUCUGUGACAGGUCCUUUAUAUAAACCCUUUGCUAUGACUGCAGAUCUUUUGAUGGAACUCGGGUUAAUUCAUUUUCGUCCACAGUAAUCAUGUGACAAUUUCCACUUGGUAAGGACAUCAUGGAUGAUAUACAAAAAUAUUGCAGAAAACGGUCAUCAUUAGAUAUGUACAAUGUUGAACGAUAAAGCAAAUACUGAGGUUUGAUACAGUCUGUAAGUAGGAUACAACUUCUUAUUAUUAAAUAGGUAAAUAAGGUGUGUAUCUGAUUGGACAGAGAUGACAUUUGGCCAGUGCUGACUUGUGGCUGUAUGCUGUAACAUGUAUUUUACCUGUUACUAAAUUAUUAAUUUUCUAUAACUGAUGUCAGGUAUAAAGUAUCACUGUAUUACAAAUCCUAUUUAAAUGCUGUAUUUGUUAUUUAAUGAAAAAAUUAAUAAAGCCCGAAAUGAAUAUGAAUAA